UCGCUGGGCCCGGCGCGGAGGGGGCGAGGGGUGCCCGCUGCGGAGAUGGCCAACAUCGCGGUGCAGAGGAUCAAGCGGGAGUUCAAGGAGGUGCUGAAGAGCGAAGAGACGAGCAAAAAUCAAAUUAAAGUAGAUCUUGUAGAUGAGAAUUUUACAGAAUUAAGAGGAGAAAUAGCAGGACCUCCGGACACACCAUAUGAAGGUGGAAGGUAUCAGCUAGAGAUAAAAAUCCCAGAAACAUAUCCGUUUAAUCCUCCUAAGGUGCGGUUUAUCACCAAAAUAUGGCAUCCUAAUAUUAGCUCAGUCACUGGGGCCAUUUGUUUGGAUAUUCUGAAAGAUCAAUGGGCAGCGGCAAUGACUCUAAGAACAGUGUUGUUAUCCCUGCAAGCAUUGUUGGCAGCUGCAGAACCAGAUGAUCCACAAGAUGCAGUAGUGGCAAACCAGUACAAACAAAAUCCAGAAAUGUUUAAACAGACAGCUCGACUUUGGGCACAUGUGUAUGCUGGAGCACCAGUUUCUAGUCCAGAAUACACCAAAAAAAUAGAAAACCUUUGUGCUAUGGGCUUUGAUAGGAAUGCAGUAAUAGUGGCCUUGUCUUCAAAAUCAUGGGAUGUAGAGACUGCAACAGAAUUACUCCUGAGUAACUGAGCCAUAUAGAGAGAGCUGCUUCUGUAGUCCAGCUUGCCCCUUCUGGAGGAGCAUCACCAUCUGUUAUUCCUAGGAUUCUAUAUAGAUUCUCUUUCAAAACUGGCACUCUUGCCUGAUGAUGCUAUCUAGGCACUAUUGGAGACUGAAAAAAAGCGCUCUGUAAAUAAAGCUAAUUAAACGUCUGUGUAAAUUUAAAAAGGGGAAAUACUUUAAUUUUUUUUCUUACUAAAUAUUGUAAAAAUUCUUUGAGCUCAGCUAAGAUAAUGGGAGAAAACAAUGCCUACUUUAGUGUUUAGCAGUGUGACAAAGACUAGCAGGAACUUGCUUCAGGAUUUUGAUUUAGUAAUUCAGAAAGCAACAUUUUGAGUGUUAGUCAUCAAAAUUGUUGGUGCCACUCAUCACAGUUAUCUUACUGUUUUUUAACAUGGAUCCUAUGUCCCUGUGGAUUGACCUAUAUUUGCAUGCUUGUACUUAAUAGACAUAUUAGGUAGGGUCGCUGAAGAGAGCACCAUUGAAAUACUCAAUUGCUUUUGUAACUUUUUUCCUGACAGACUUUCAAGACUUACCCAAAGUUCCAAAUGGUGAUCUAUUCAGAACCAUUUUCUUUCUAGCUUAUUAAUUGGGAAACCUGAUUCUCCUCUCCCUUACAUCAUACUGUUGAUUAUGUUUCAUCAUCUGUGGCUAUUCUGUGUGCCAUUGCAGUAGUGUAGGCUCCCCUUUAAGAAUUUAUAUUUUGAAUUAUCAGUAGUGAUUUUCAUCCAUCAUAUUUUCUACACAAUCAUGUAAGGAGUAUGCCUUGAUACAGCACAAAAAAAUGGAGCUGGUUUCAUUUCCUUUUUUUUUUGUCUUAAAUAGCUGUAAAGUGUUCUUCAGUACACCCUGGAUAAUAUGAUUUCACAGAGUUUGAAGGAGGACAAAGCUGAUUCUCCAGUGUACUGAAAAUGAAAAAAGAAAUGUUUUGAGUACUUGAUAUGAUGCAAUCAGCUGUUUUUUUGCAGCAGUUUUCUAGCUUUAUUUUGGGCUUCAGUUUAAGGAUUACUUACCAGGUACUUUAAAAUUCAUCCUUGCUUGCAUUUUUCUCUGGUUAACACAUGGAGGCUGUUUUGGUGUUUUUACUGUACAUAUUUCAGAUGCACAUAGAAGUAGAAGUGUGUUCUCAAUUUAGCUUUUUCUUUUGAUUGAUGUUUCUGAUAAACGAGAACUGAAAUCUUACCUUGGCUUGUACAUACAGUCAGUCUUUUUAUUUGUAUUAAAAUGACAUUUCAUCCUGA